CCUCCGCGCAGGAGCCUGGCGGGAGCGUCCAGCGGCCCAGACUUGGGCUGAGGCAAGGGCGCGGCCUCGGGAGGCGGGGCGGGGCUGGCAGGGAUAUCCCAGAGAGGGGCCCUGGGGCUAGUGGAGGAGGCGGCAACGGGACGGCUGGUACAGCGGAAAGACGGACGGACGCGCUUCCGGCGGAAGGAGAGAGCCUCCUGACUGCGCUCCCGGAGGAAGCCGUGUCCCACUUCCGGCGGAAUCGCGAGGCCGCCGGGAACCCGGAAGGCCGCCGGAAGCUAUGGGACUCGGCUGGGUGGCAACCCUGGUCUGCGAGCGAGUUUUGAGAAGAACAUUUUCACUACAUAAGGCACAGUCAGUAGAGGAUAUGGAGAAUUUCUUCCAGUUGGUGAGAAAUAUUGUACCAGCCCCAACUUUGAAGAAACACAAAGGGCAAGAUGGGCAAAUAGGCGUGGUUGGGGGCUGUCAAGAGUACACGGGAGCCCCAUAUUUUGCAGCAAUCUCAGCUCUCAAGGUGGGUGCAGACUUGUCCCAUGUGUUCUGUGCCAGGGAGGCCGCGCCUGUGAUCAAGUCCUACAGCCCAGAGCUGAUCGUUCACCCAGUCCUGGACAGUCUGAGUGCAGUUGAGGAGGUGCAGAAGUGGCUUCCCAGGCUGCACGUCCUCAUCGUGGGGCCUGGCCUCGGCAGAGAUGACCAGCUGCUCAGUAACGUCAGGGGCAUUGUGGAGGCCUCCAAGGCCAGGGACAUCCCCCUUGUCAUCGACGCAGACGGCCUGUGGCUGAUCGCACAGCAGCCAGCUCUCAUCCAGGGCUACCAGAAAGCCAUUCUCACGCCCAACAAAAUGGAGUUCAGUCGACUCUGGGAAGCUGUGAUCGGGGGUCCUGUGGAUGACCGAGAUCACCGUGGGUCUGUCCUGCGGCUCAGCCAGGCUCUGGGCAACGUGACUGUGGUUCAGAAAGGCGAGCAGGACCUGAUAUCCAACGGCCAGCAGGUGCUCGCAUGCAGCCAGGAAGGCAGCAGCCGCAGGUGCGGGGGCCAAGGCGACCUCCUGUCCGGCUCCCUGGGGCCCAUGGUGCACUGGGCCCUCCUGGCCGGACCCGAGAAGACAAAUGGCUCCAGCCCGCUCCUGGUGGCCGCCUGGGGGGCAUGCACUCUCACAAGGCAGUGCAAUCACCAGGCCUUCCAGAAGCAUGGCCGGUCCACCACCACCACCGACAUGAUCUCCGAGGUGGGAGCCGCCUUCAGCAAGCUCUUUGAGACCUAAGGUCAGGUUACAUUUGUGACCGCGUACUGGGACACAGGCCCGGGCACAGGCUCCCCAUGAGGGCCUGAACCCUGGCUUCACUGACUGAUACCGAGAUUGGGAAAUCUGACAGCUGUUGUUGCCUAAACUGAAAUAUAUUUGGAGAUGUUAUAAAUCUA